UGCAUGUUGGUGUCAGUCCAGGAUGAGCAGCGUGUGAAAGGAGGGGUGGUGAAAAGUUCACAUGACAGGCUAACUGGCCCAAAAUGUGCAUGAGACGUGUCCAACAUGGCCCACUGGGAUAACCCACGCAGCAUGGAGCCCACAGACCCAGCAGGUUACUGGUCCCCCACGGUUCCUGAGGCCGAACUGUACCGAAGCCUGCAGGCUGUGCUUCCCCGGUGCACUGACCAACAGCAGGGCCCAGACUGGUGUAACAGAGGAAUGCUGAGAUGGACGCUUCAUAAAAAGGUUCAGAACAAUCCUGCCAACAGCUUAUCUCUGCUGUGGGUGCUGAUAAAGGAGCUCGAAAAGGCUGAAAGGUGGGAUUCCCGCAAGUCCAUCAUUCCUCUGCUGCACAUCCUGAUGCACGCCAUUGUUCAGACGGCCUACAUCCCAGAUGAGCUGUACAAACGUAUUUAUGACUUUUGCAAGAGGCUGCUGACGUAUCCUCAGCCUUACUGCACCGUGGGCCUCAGCUACACGCGACAGAUAAAUACAGAACGCUUCAUCCCAGGUCUGAUGUACCAGAGGAUGAUCACAGCAGAACAGAAGCUAAAAAAUGAGCACUAUCCCGUCCAGGAGAGGGUUUUCAUUCUGGCCGAUCCAGAAGUCUUCUCCGGCUCCCUGAUCCCCGCCGUGGUGGAGGACUUUGAGGCGUCUACUUCGGCGGGAUUUCAGAGCCCGCUAGACCACAUGCGCAGCGUGGUUCAACACACCCUACAGGCGGCUUUAGGGCCGCAGCGAUGCCACGGUCCCAAGCUGGCUCAGGCCCUCAGGGACAUGGGUCAAGAUGUGGAGCCGUACUUUCAGUACAUGUUGGAGAUUCUGGAGCACAGCGUUGAGGAGGGCUACAGAGGUGAAGGGGGAACGCUGAGCAGCCGACUCCUGCAGCUCUACGGCGAGAUCGUCUCUGAUUCUGACGCAGAGCCGUUAUGUGGAGCAGCGCUGUGUGACUGCCCCGUUCCUAACCCUGAGAUGAGCUUCUACCUGUGGACAGAGGAUCUGGAUAUCUGGAGGGAGCUGUCCAGAUGGUUCCGCUCCAGCAGCGUGACGGAGGACUUCUCCUCCUUUAGCCAGGAGCAGGAGGACUUUGAUCUGGGUGAAUCGCCGUGCGCCAUGCUGACCGCCGACAUGCCUCGCUUCUCUAUUAUGUCCAACGACAGCGGCAUCGAGAGGGACCUGCCCCCUGGCGCCGACGUCUCCGCAUCAUCCCCACUGGACAACCCCGGCAUCGAUUCAGGUGAGCAGGACUCUGGUCGCUUGUCGCGGCGAGGAGGCAUCAAGCUGAAGCCGAAUGCGAAGGACAGCAUGGUGCUGAUGCAAGACACGCUGGAGGACCAGGCGAGCGCUGCGGUGAGCGGGCCUGCAGGGAGGGGGGGGAGAAGAGGGGCCACUCUGCAGAGGCGAGCAGGGGCCAGCGCCAUGGAGAACCACUUCCCCAAACAGCAGAGAAACUUUACCGCCAAAAUCGUCGUCAUGGGAGACGACAGGGUCGUGGGUCGCCUUGCGAAGGCGUAUUACUUCUACAGAAAGAGAGAAGCCCGGCGGCUCUUUAUGACCAUGAAAGUCAGCCUCCAGUUCUACUACAUUCCUGUCUGCUCGGCGCCGGCACCCAGCUCCCCUUCUACGGUGAACCUCAGUCAGAACUUGGGGGAUUCCUGCACGCUUGGUUCCUACUUGAGCAACGUGGAUCCAUGGUACAACAGCAACAUCAACAGUCUGGGAUGCAUGAUCCAUAAACUGGCUAAAAUGGUAGAGUUGUUUUAAUCGGUCUGAUCCUUC